AUGGACAGAGAUGAUGAUCCAUGUAAAUUAUUUGUUGGAGGUUUAACACGAUCAACAACAACUGAAAUGCUUCAUCAAUAUUUUCAAACAUUUGGUGAAUUAACCGAUUGUAUUGUUAUAAAAAAUCCUACAACAAAACUUUCUCGUUGUUUUGGUUUUGUACAAUUUACAACACCUCAAAUAGCUGAUCAUGUUGUUGAAUCUCGUCCUCAUAUUAUUGAUGGUAAAGAAAUUGAUGUUAAACAUGCAUCAGCUGAAAGUCAUGAACGACAUCAACAACAACUUGCUGCGGCUGCUGCCGCCGCCGCCGCUGCUGCAGCUGCAAGUGGACAUGAACGAAAUCGUGAAACAUCACCAGAUAGACAAAAAAAACGUUCAAGAUGGGAAAAACAACAACAACAACAAUUAUUAGAUUCACAUCGAAAUUUUACAUUACCACAUGAUAUGAUUACAUUAAAAUCAAAUACUCAUAUAGCAUUUAUUCAACGUGAUAUGAUUACUUAUCCUGUACCAUUAAAAUAUUUACGAGAAGAUACUUUUCAACAACAACAAUAUAAUUCACCUCCGAAUGAUAAUUCAUAUUAUCCACAACAAUCUCGUCAGCAACAUAGUAAUAAUUUUAAUAAUAGAAUAUAUCAAACUUAA